CGCAUAACAUAAGCCAUAAAAUUACUCCUUGGUAGAAUUCCAAUGGCAUACUUUGUUCCAUUGUUGAGCACAUUUCUUAUUUUCUCCAUAUACUCUCAAGGGAAUGCACUUAGUUCAAAUUACUAUGCAAAAACGUGCCCUCAAGCUGAAGACACAGUCAUGAAAGUUGUUAAGGAGGAAGCAAAGAAAGACAAAACAGUGCUCGCAACACUUCUAAGGAUGCAUUUCCAUGAUUGUUUCCUACGGGGCUGUGAUGCUUCAAUUUUGUUGAGCUCCAAGGGGAAAAACACAGCAGAAAAGGAUGCGCCUCCUAAUGGUUCUAUGCACGGGUUCUAUGUUAUUAAUGGGGCAAAGAGGGCAGUCGAAGCUAUAUGUCCUGGCGUAGUUUCUUGUGCUGAUAUUUUAGCUUUCGCUGCUAGAGAUGCAGUGGUGUUAUCAGGCGGACCAUAUUGGGACGUGCCUAAAGGAAGAAAAGACGGACGAAUAUCAAGAGCCAGUGAAACAACACUGCUGCCAAAGCCUACAUACAACAUUUCUCAACUCCAACAAAGCUUCCGUCAGAGAGGUCUAUCACUAGAUGACUUGGUGGCUCUCUUAGGUGCACACACUAUAGGUUUUAUGCAUUGCUCGUCCUUUAUGAACCGCAUAUACAACUUCAACGCCACACAUGACAUCGACCCUACGCUACGUCCAUCGUUUGCAGCAAGCUUAAAGGGCAUAUGUCCACUCAAAAACAGGGCUAAAAAUGCAGGAAUAAGUAAUGAUCCUUCAUCAACAACAUUUGAUAAUACUCAUUACAGGCUAAUUCUGCAAAAGAAGAGUUUGUUAUCUUCGGAUCAUUCUUUGCUGACUAAUCCGAAAACGAAGAGCCUAGUUUAUAAGUUUGGUACAUCAAAAGCAGCUUUCUAUAAGGCUUUUUCUAAUUCCAUGAUUAAGAUGAGUAGCCUUACAGGAGGUCAAGAAGUUAGAAAAGAUUGCAGGGUAGUGAACUAAUUUUGCUCCCUUGUUGAUUACUUCUACUUAAUUAGCAAUUUGAUGUAUCUGUAAAAUUUUAAUAAGACGAUCUAGGAAAAUUGGGUUAUAGUA